UCGAUAUUUUUUAAAGUAUAUGAGUGAUAUUAGUCUAGGAAUACAGUAACAUUUAAUUACUAAAAAAGUCCUCGCUAAUAAAGUGCUAGAAAAUAAUUCACUUAAUAAUAAGUCAAAUAUUUUUACAAUUCGAAUAUAUUCGAAGAUAGAAGAUAGAAUUAUGAUCCAUCACUAUUUGAUAGAAGCCAAUUAAUGAAGGAAGCAAAAACUCAUAAAUAAACAUAUAGUCCUCCAAUUUUUUCAAAAGUCUAGAGAAUUAACAGUUCCCCAUAACCUUAAAAAGAGUUAGAUAUUAUAACAGGAUUGCCUAUAAAUGAAAGAAAAUCCUUUUUAAGCAAAAAGCUUAUUUCUAAUCCCCUAAUAGAAAAAACAGAACCUAAUUAAUAAAAUAAAAUACAAGCCCAGAGAGAAUUUGAAAACUCACCAGAAAACAAGAAAUUUGCUAGUUUAUAUUUUGAUAACAAAGUAUUCAAAUUCUUAAAAUAGAAACAAUAUGAAUAAUGGUUAAAAUAGAAUAAAGAAUAUGAAGAUAUGAAUUAUUUUUAAAAGAAACAGAAAAAUUAAACCAAAAGUGGAGUUAAGAUUGAAGAAAAUAGUUAUUUCAAGAUUCAUGGAAAACCUUCCAAUCAAAUCUAGAAUAAAUGA